AUUUCCAACUUAUUAGUAACCCGGUGAUGAAGUGGCGUCUCGUCAGUCAGGUAACAAAGCCUUAUACGAUGAGGUCGUUCGCUCUUCUCCUGGUCAUUCUGGCCGUCGCUUUGGCUUGCCCGAGUCAGACCGGGUUCAAGAUUACCCAAAAGAGGUCGGUCCAGCAUCGAGUGGAGAGCCGGGAAGACGAGCCACGCAAUUGGCUUGAAAAAGGUCUUGUGUACCAAAUCUAUCCGCGUUCUUUUCAAGAUAGCGAUGGAGAUGGCGUCGGUGAUUUGAAAGGCAUUAUUAGUCGGUUAGAUCACUUUGUUCAGUUGGGCAUCAACGUUAUAUGGAUUUCCCCCAUUUUCAAAUCGCCAAUGGCAGAUUUUGGAUAUGACAUUGCCGAUUUCACAGACAUCGAUCCGAUUUUUGGAACACUUCAGGAUUUUACCGACCUGACUGCUGCUGCCAAGGCGAAUGGUAUUAAACUGGUAUUAGACAUGGUACCGAAUCACAGCAGCGACGAACACGAAUGGUUUAUAAAGUCUGUCGAUCGCAUCGACCCAUAUACCGACUACUACGUUUGGCUUGACGGAGAAGCACCCGGUGUUCCCCCUACCAAUUGGCUGAGCGUGUUUGGUGGACCGGCGUGGACAUUCAACGAAAAGCGCGGUCAGUGGUAUCUUCAUCAAUUCGUCGCCAAACAACCCGAUCUCAACUACCGCAACCCACUGGUCCACGAAGAAUUUAAAAACGUUCUUAGGUUUUGGCUAGACAGAGGAACUGAUGGUUUCAGAGUUGACGCUGUGCCUCACCUUUAUGAAGAUCCCACUUUCCCGGACGAGCUGCCAUCAGGCGACCCUAAUGCCGAUCCCGAUCAAUACGGGUACCUGAUUCAUGACCAAAUUACAUGGAACCGACCCGAGACUUACGACGUUAUGGCCGAGUUCAGACAAGUCCUUCAAGAGUACGAAGAUGGAGAUGGACAGCACAGAGCUAUGAUGACAGAAGCUUACGUUCCUUUGGAAAAUGUAAUCCAGUUUUAUGGAAACGAGUCAUUCCGUAUUGCCGAUUUCCCCUUCAACUUUGCACUCAUCAACGGCAUCAACAAUUGUCUUUACUAUUGCGACACAGCUACCAAAGGUUACCCAUACAACGGAACUCAGCUCCGUGACACGAUCGUCGAAUUUUUGAACGCCAUUCCCUCUUGGGUCGGCCCGCAAGGAGCCAAUUGGGUUUUGGGCAAUCACGAUCAACGAAGAUUGGCCUCGCGAUUUGGAGAAGCUCUUGUCGAUGGCAUGAUCAUGGUUCAAAUGCUUUUGCCCGGUACCCCAGUCACCUACUACGGCGAAGAGAUCGCCAUGAAAGAUCAGUUCAUUUCCUACGAAGAUACAUUAGAUCCUCAAGGUUGCCAGAUGGGUCCAGAUCGCUACGAAAAGUUUUCACGCGAUCCCGCUCGCACGCCGAUGCAGUGGGACGAUACUUUCAACGCCGGUUUCUCGACAUCGGACACGACUUGGCUCCCUAUGGGUGAAAAUUACCCAACUGUCAACGUCAAAUUACAGAAAGAAAACCUCGUCUCUCAUCUAAACAUCUACCGGACACUGGUUGCGCUAAGGCAAGAGGCAUCUGUCCUUUACGGCUCUUACGAUUUCCCUAUCGUCGACGAAGACGCUUUCACACUCACAAGGCUUCGAACGAACUCUACUAGUUACGUUGUCGUCCUUAAUGUAGGACUUGAAGAACGACGUUUCGACCUGUCGGGAGUAGCCGGAAUACCGGCAACUGCAAAAGUUGUCGUACGUAGCAUUCAAGCCGUUAGUGGAGAGACUCAAAUCGGGUUUAAUAUCAAUACAGCCGAUUUCCCUGUAGGUGCCCAAGAAGGUAUUGUCCUCUCUUUCCUUGGCCUGUAAAUCCGACCAAAAAAUAACCGAAAACAUAAGUAGAUGAUGAGAAUUUGAUUUGUAUUUUUAAUUCCAAGACAAUUUUAUUUGGAAUACAGAAUGAAUGCAUUUA